AUGAGAAGUGAAAGGAAAAAAACAAGAAUGUCCAGUUGCCUCUUGAAAAAAAAGCACCUUUGGGACAACCAGACCUGGAUGACUCUACAGACUUUGAUUAAUUGAUUAUGUGCCAUCAAUUCGCUGUCUACUCUUCGCGACUACACGAUAGACUUCGAACCUGUUCUUUCUCAAGGGACGAUGAGAACUGCAACCCAGCCGCAUCUGGGAAUCGAGCUGAUGAAAGGCAGCAAUGUCCUCAAAGCUUUCCGCUUUCUUCAUAUUGUACUUCCGGCUCAGAAUGCGCAUGCUCCGGUUUGGGGUGGCGGAACGAGACCGCGAUAUGGCUACGCUGUGAAGUGUAAUUCAGAAAGCAAGUAGUUAUUCCUAAUGGCAAUAUCAAACUUGAUCCAGAACUUUGGUUCCCUGCUGCUGUCUUCAAGUCCUCAUCUUCCACAGAUCUCUGCAUCUUUCCGACCGCUUUAUCUGGUUAGCCAACUUGGUGCAUCCCGUGAAAUCAGUACUUCUACCUGGGUCUUAGCUAGUGAUCCUUUGUGGAAAUGCAGGACAAAGUAUACCAUUAAGCCCAUUCCCAAACCAAAGACAGGAGGUCGCGAUCACACAGGUCGUGUCCGUGUGAAUGGAAUUGGAGGAGGAAAUAAACAAUGCUACCGUAUGAUUGAUUUCCAAAGACUGCGUUAUUCAAAUGAAGCAGAGCCUAGUCCAUUUGAGGAAAAAGUGCUUUUGGUCCGAUAUGAUCCGUGUAGAUCAGGUCAUAUAGCUCUAGUGGCUGGAGACAAACGGAAACGCUGGAUCAUUGCAACUGAAAACAUGGCGGUUGGUGACAUCAUCAAAACUUCAGGAAAAAUAGAAAGGAUGGCAGUCUCUGCUAAUGAUGGGGAUGCAUAUCCAGUUGGAGCUCUACCACUUGGAACCCUCAUAAAUAACUUGGAGAGUCAUCCUGGGAAAGGAGCACAGUAUAUCCGAGCAGCAGGCACCUGUGGGGUAAUACUGAGGAAAAUGAGUGGAACAGCCAUUAUACAGUUGCCCUCCAAGAGGCAAAUACAGGUGCUGGAAACAUGCAUGGCUACAGUGGGACGAGUUUCCAAUGUUGAGCAUAACCAACGCGACCUUGGGAAAGCUGGUCGGAACCGGUGGCUGGGAAAGCGACCAGAUAGUGGCUUAUGGCAGCGGAAAGGGGGAUGGGCUGGACGCAAGAUCAGGCCCCUCCCAGCGAUAAAAAGUUAUGUGAACCUGCCAGUGCCAGCCUCAUAAGGCUGACAUUAGUAGCACUUUAGAAUUCUGUUAAAUAAAGUGUAUUUUCGCCUACAA